AUGCGCCACUUGGUCGUCAGCAUUACUGCCGAUGCCAUCAGCGCGGGUGCCCCCUUUGAAGGCUUUGUGAGCUUCUCUAUCGAACUCUCAUCGUUUCCGGACUAUGCUGGCAACCUAAGCAGUCCAAACAAGUACUCGGACAUCCUUCUCGACAAUAUCGGGGCAUUACAAGGAACCAAGCCUUACAUACGAGUGGGAGGAAACACACAAGACUAUGCGAUCUACAAUGCCAAUCUCGAGGUUGGCUUGAACGGGACGAUCAACCCGAACAGAUCGACCCUCUACCCAACCACGAUAGAAAUAGGCCCCGCCUUCUUUGAGUCAUACCAGACCUGGACUAACGUCAAGUUCUCUCAUGGCUUCAACAUGGGCGGAAACAAAGAUCCCAGAGUAUGGGAUACGCUGAUCCAGACCGUGCCCCUGGCUUGCAAGGCCCUGGGCAACAAGCUGCAUGUGUGGGAAUACGGCAACGAGCCCGAUUACUUCGCCGGUGGCGUCCGACCAUCUACCUACAACGAGACGACGUAUGUCCAGGACUGGCUCAACGGCACCCGGACCAUCAGAACGCUGCUGAGCAAGGCUUGCCCGGAUAUGCUCAGUAGCUAUGGAUACAUGGCUCCCUCCUUGGCAGGGAUCAACAACCACCUCAAGGCCCCGGUCAUUUGGGCUGCUGGACUUAACGCCGAGAAGGUCGUCAGAUUGGACGCAUCCCACCACUACAUAAGCGAUGCCCGCACCCUCGGCGUGACCCUCCAGGGAACCCUCUUGAACCACAACCGCACCAAGCACGACGUCGAUCUCUACGCCGCGCAAUGGUCCGCCAUCGAUCCGGGCGUCCCCGCCAUCUUCGGUGAAACCAACUCACUCUCCAACGGCGGGCGCCCGGGUCUAUCAAACACGUUCGGCGCCGCGCUUUGGGGCAUCGACUUCAAUCUGUACUGUGCCUCGGCCAACGUGUCACGCGUCCACAUGCAGAUGGGCACCAACUUCAACUACCAGUCCUGGCAGCCGGUCGAUACUAGCGUCACGACGAAGGGGACUAAGGCCCCCUACUACGGCAACAUCGCCGUUGCCGCCUUUCUGGGGAACCUAAAGACCACGCCCGUCCGAAUCGCGAAUAUCGUCCUCGGCGGCGGGGGCGCCGCGACAGAGGCGGCGUAUGCGGCGUAUGUAAAUAAUGUGCUGAAGCGGAUUAUGGUGGUAAACAUGAAUGAGUACAACUACACUGCCAAUGGAACGGGACGUGGGUUAAACAUAACGCCGAGGCCGGUUAGAACGUAUAGUUUUGAUGUGGGAACAGGGGUUACGAAGGCGACGGUGCAGAGGUUGUAUGCGAAUGGGAGUGAUGCCAUCUCGGGGAUUACGUGGGAUGGGUGGAGUUACAACUACGAGCUCAAUGGGGGGCGGCCGGUGAGGUUAAGUAAUGUCACCGUGGGAGAGUUGGUGGUGGUCACGAAUGGGAUUGUGGAGGUUGGGGUUGCGGAUUCAUCGGCAGUGGUUUUGAAUUUCUGA